AAAUAAAUUAUCAUAUAUGCGCCGAUGUAUAAAUUUCCUACAAACGAGGAUAUACACAAGGCAAUAAAGACUAUCAAACGUGCUAUUUCUCUCCCUAACAGUAUCUUGAGCCGCUAUCUCAGAAGUGCGCGGCUGCUCCCUUCCACCAUCACCGUGAGGGUUUGCCAUAUAUUCUUGGAAAAAAUGAAGAAAAUGAUAGCCCUUGGUUUUGAGGGUUCUGCCAACAAGAUUGGGGUUGGAGUUGUAACCUUAGAUGGAACCAUUCUAUCAAAUCCUCGCCACACUUACAUUACCCCACCUGGCCACGGAUUCCUUCCCCGAGAGACUGCCCAACACCAUCUCCAGCAUGUUCUUCAACUUAUCAAGUCUGCUUUGAAAACUGCCGAAAUAACCCCAGAUGACAUUGAUUGUCUCUGCUAUACCAAGGGUCCUGGCAUGGGAGCACCACUGCAAGUUUCUGCCAUCGUUGUUCGGGUUCUUUCACAAUUGUGGAAGAAGCCCAUUGUUGCUGUUAAUCACUGUGUUGCUCAUAUUGAGAUGGGAAGGAUUGUGACUGGGGCAGAUGAUCCUGUAGUCUUAUAUGUUAGUGGUGGGAAUACACAAGUAAUUGCAUAUAGUGAAGGUCGGUAUCGAAUCUUUGGAGAGACUAUUGAUAUUGCUGUUGGGAAUUGCUUGGAUCGCUUUGCUAGAGUUUUAACUCUCUCCAAUGAUCCAAGUCCUGGAUACAACAUUGAGCAGCUUGCAAAGAAAGGAGAACAAUUUAUAGAACUUCCUUAUGUUGUCAAAGGAAUGGAUGUUUCUUUUAGUGGAAUUUUAAGCUUUAUUGAAGCAACUGCCGAGGAGAAACUGAAAAAUAAUGAGUGCACCCCUGCGGAUUUGUGCUACUCUUUGCAGGAAACACUGUUUGCAAUGCUUGUGGAGAUCACCGAACGGGCAAUGGCACACUGUGACACAAAAGAUGUUCUUAUUGUUGGUGGUGUAGGUUGCAAUGAACGAUUGCAAGAAAUGAUGAGAAUAAUGUGCUCGGAGCGCGGUGGAAAGUUGUUUGCAACUGAUGAUAGGUAUUGCAUUGAUAAUGGAGCAAUGAUUGCUUACACUGGUCUUCUGGCUUAUGCUCAUGGCGCAUCAACCCCACUGGAGGAAUCAACAUUUACUCAGCGGUUUCGGACUGAUGAAGUGGAAGCAAUCUGGAGAAUAGAAGAGGAAUCUUCGAACUUGAAUGGGGUUGAAGAUGUGAGUGGAUAGACCUACCAGAUUUUAGGUGUACACUAUUGGUAGUUCCAUAACCAAGUUCAAUACUGACAAAAUGUGUUUGAAUGAUCAUUGAAAGUGUUAUGGUUAUUUAAAGUGUGAUUUUUGGUAUGCAGGCAUCUUUGUUAGUCAUUUUGCUGUAACUUGUAAUAACUUAGUUUAUUUUUUAAAAAACAUUUAGCUAAUAUUGACGCA